AUGUAUUCCAAUAUCCCCUCGUCAGCUGUCAACCAGCUCCUCCAGUCUCUCACACUGGAGGAGAAAGUCGCCCUGCUUGCGGGCAAGAACAUGUGGGAAACCGCCAACAUCGACCGGCUACACAUCCCCAGUCUGAAGAUGACCGACGGCCCGGCCGGAGCCCGCGGGUCCAAAUGGACGUACGGCUCCCUGACCACAUGGAUUCCGUGCGGGGUGUCGCUGGCCGCCACCUUUGAUCUGGCCCUGGUGGAGAAAGUCGGGACCAUUCUGGGGCAGGAGACCCGACGCAAGGGCUGCCAGGUCCUGCUGGCCCCGACCAUGAACCUGUCGCGCUCGCCCUUGGGCGGGCGGAAUUUCGAAGGCUAUGGGGAAGACCCUUAUCUGGUCGGGGUGAUGGCCGUUGCAAUGAUCCGCGGCAUUCAGAGCCAGGGGGUCGGGGCGUGCAUGAAACAUUUUAUCCUGAACGACACCGAGACUCGGCGGUUCAAUGUCGACCAAACGAUUGAUGAGCGUACCCUGCGAGAGGUCUACAUGAAGCCAUUCGCCAUGGCUGCGCAGGAACCGGAAGCAGCGCCGUGGACGGCCAUGGUCAGCUACCCCAAGAUCAACGGGCUACAUGCCGAUCUCAGUCCUGAAAUCCUGCCGCGCCUGCUGAGAAAGGAGCUGCAGUAUGAUCGGUUGGUUAUGAGCGACUGGGGGGGUUUGAACAGUACGGUCGAAAGCUUGCUGGCCACGACUGACCUGGAGAUGCCGGGUCCACCGGUACGUCGGGGUGAGCGCCUGUUAGCCGCCAUUCAGGCCGGUCGCAUUGAUGUGACCACACACGUCGAUCCGAGUGUGCGACGAAUGCUGCAGCUCCUGGAACAAACGGGAUUACUGAACAACCCCUCUGAUUCCACGGAGAUCGUGCGCGAGGCGGCGCAAAGUGGCCUUGUGCUGCUGAAAAACGAGAGCGUACUGCCUCUUCAACCCUCGAGGCUGCGGAAGAUCGCAAUCAUUGGGCCUAACGCGCGCAAGCCCACGGCUGGUGGAGCGGGCAGCGCCGCCGUCAACCCUUUCUACGUCACCACGCCCGAAGAGUGCCUCCGCAACGCGCUUCGGGCUGCGAACCCGGACAUCAAGCUCACAUAUCGCUCCGGCAUCCGCGACAGUCUGCGCCCCCCUCUUUUGGGCGGUCAAUUGACCGUCCCGGACGGAUCCCGCCAGGGUCUGCACGGGCCGGUCGUGGCGACCAGUCUGUGGGACGACUCGCUCAUUUAUCUCAUGAGUGAUGGGGAUAUCCCCGCCGCGCUGGAGGAUCGGCCGUACUCGUACCAGGCUGCCGGAGUAGUCACCCCAUCCGAAUCGGGCCGCUACACCUGGAGCCUAGCCAACACCGGAAAAGCCAAGUUGUUCCUCGAGGAUGAGCUGCUCAUCGAUAACAAUGAGUGGGACGUUGUGACUGGUGGCUUCCUGGGCUGCUCGAGUGAGGACCGGACCGCUAGUACCCAUCUCGAGGCUGGCCGCUCUUACCGACUGCGAGUAGACAAUGUCGUGACCUUGCCGCUCGUCGACGCCUUCGACAACACCCUAUUCCCUCGCAUAUCGGGCGUGCGCGUGGGACUCGCCCUGGAGCGGGACGAGACGCUGAUGCUGGAGCAGGCGGUUGAUUCGGCCCGCGAAGCAGACGUGGCCGUGGUCGUCGUCGGCCACAACAAGGAUUCCGAAGGGGAGGGAGGCGACCGGGCCCACAUGCAGCUCCCGGGUCGCACCGACGAGCUCGUGGGCGCCGUCUGUGCAGCCAACCCCAAUACGGUUGUCGUCAUGCAGUCGGGCAGUGCGGUGACUAUGCCUUGGGCGGAUGCUGCGGCGGGCAUCGUGAUGGCCUGGUACCAGGGCCAGGAAAACGGCCAGGCCCUGGCGGAGGCUCUUCUGGGCCAUUGCAACUUCUCGGGCAAGCUUCCCAUCACCUUUCCCCAGCGACUCGAGGAUCAUGGCUCGAGCGCCUGGUUUCCUGGAGAGGCUGCGCAGGAUCGCAACACAUUUGGGGAAGAAGUGUUGGUUGGAUAUCGGCAUCUCGAUGCCCGGGGGAUUCCGCCUCUGUGGUCAUUUGGGUUCGGCCUCUCGUAUACUCGCUUUGAGCUUGCAGAUAUUCGCAUCAGCGGCACCCUCAGCGUUGCUUCUUCUCCUGAGACCAGGGUUUCAGUCCACGCGCGGGUCCUGAACGUUGGGGGUUGCGACGGGCAGGAAGUGGUGCAGGUGUACGUGGCCCCCUCGACAUGUAUUGGGGAGAUGGGGCUGGUCAGCUAUCCAAAGACGUUGGCCGGCUUCGCCAAGAUCUCCGUCCCUGCAGGAGAGUCGCGUGAAGUGAACAUCACCAUUCCUGGAUCGGAGCUGCGAUGGUAUGAUGUGAAAACUGGGCAGUGGCGAUUGGAUGCGGGCAAGUAUAAGUGCUGGGUUGGGCGUACCUGUCUCAACUGCCGAGACAAGCACCUGAAAUGUGAUGGCAAUCUGGCUGGAUGUACUCGAUGCCAGUCAAUUGGUCUUCCAUGCCACUUCAUUCCAUCUCGCCGUGGUCGCAAAUGUCGCCCAGCCUUGCCAGCUUCUUCGAUUUUAUCCCUCGCCUCACCUGUACCAUUGAAGUCAAUGGGUGAGGUGAAUGAGCAGAGUCUACAACUCCACGAACAGCCACAAUCACAUGAACAGGAUCUGCAGCAAUUUUCUUCACUCCGGGGACGGGAACAAGACUUGCAGUUGAUUUCCCUCUACUACCUCCACUUCCACCAGGCACAUCCUUUCCUGCCCCCAAUGGAAACUCUGCUAGAAUCCAACCCCCCUUCUUACUUACUGGACAUCAUGGAGUUUACCAGUCUACAUUAUUUAUCGCCUCAGUUUUUCCACGACAGCAGCAAGACAUUACUUUUGGCGGUGCAGGCCGCCGAUUUGACGGUCGAAAAGACGCAGGCCUUUCUGCUCCUGGCCAUUCUACAACACGGGCGACAGCAAAGCCACGAGGCUCGGUCUUGUCUCGGCCAGGCCCUUCAGUGUGCGCUGGAAUUGGGUCUGCACCGUCGCGAGGCUUCCGACGCGCUUAGCGUAGACGCUCCCUUGAGGGCCGAGAGUCUCCGACGGACGUGGUGGGAGAUUUUUGUGGUUGAUGUGCUACUCGCAGCUGUUCAGGCCGAUGGAUACCUCCAAUUUGAAAUGAGAGAGACGCCCCAAGUCCCCCUUCCCUGCGGACCAGAAGAGUAUCACUCAGGCUGUAUUAUGAGUCCUCUCCCGCCCACCCUCGCCGACAUGGAACAGAAUGGUCUGUUCUGCGGAGAUGACGAGUUCUCUCCCGGUGCCUACCGGAUCGAAGCCGCCAUGAUGCUGCGAAAAUGCUUGCGCGCCGGCGAGUCGCAUAUCACUCAGGAGACGCUCGACGUACUCAGCGCCGCCAUCACCGCUUGGUUCCAUCGAUUGCCAUCCAGUCAACGCCCCAUUCUCCAGUCGAAUGGUGUUUUGGAGGAGGCAAUGAUGCAGGCCGUGAUGCUGAUGCACUGCGCCAGUAUCUAUCUGCACUUCCCACGUUCUUGCCUUUUGGCCUUUCUCCCCAUCACCGGCCGUAUCCUUUGUUCGUCGCCGCCUGCGCUCGUCACCACUUCCCCGGAUCCUCAAUUGCACACCACAAAAGUAGCGGAGAGUGCCGUCCAACUCUCCCGACUCGCGUCAUUGUCACCCUCGGUCAUCAACCACAGCCCGUUCUUUGCUUGCACACUGGUGAUAAGCUCCGUGAUACACGUAGCACUCAUGCUCAGCGAUGGCCUGCAACCCCCGGGGCCCAGGCAGCAGUAUUUGGCGCUGAAUUUAGGGGUCCUCAGGUCCAUGGGGGAGGCGUGGCCCAUUGCUGCGAGCGCGAUGCAACGAAUUCGUCAGGCUGUGAUGGAGGUUCACGCAGCAGUCUCGUGCGACACUCGUCCUCUGCUGGACGUUUUCUCUCCCUCCACCUCCACGUGA